CCCGGCCCCGCGGGCGUGGCGGGAGGGCGGGCUGCCCGCCGCCCUCCGGGGACAUAAAAACCCGCGGCCGGAGCCCGCCCGCGUCUUUCGGCGCUGCCGGCAACAUGACCGCCAUCGGGGCGCAGGCGCAGAGGCUGCUGGCGCACCGGAGACCGCAGAAAUCCUUCUUUGAGACGCUCAUCAGGAGCCUGAUCAUCUUGUGCGUGGCCAUAGCGGUGGUCUUGUCGUCCAUCUCCGUCUGCGAUGGCCGCUGGCUCUUUGCGAGGGGGCAGCUCUUCGGACUGUGGCACUUCUGCACCCUCAGCAACGGCAGCGUCCUGAAAUGCGUCACCGACCUCAGCCUGGCCAAGGUGGAGGGGCUGAGCGUGGGGGUGAUUCCCAUAAGAAGCAUGGUGUCCUUCGCCGUCGUGGUCGCCAUAUUUGGCCUGGAGCUGCUGAUGGUGUCCCAAGUCUGUGAGGAUGCCAACGCGAGGCGCAAGUGGUCGAUGGGCUCCGUUCUCAUCCUCUGCUCGUUUUUGCUGUCGGCCACCGGCGUUCUGAGCUUCUCCAUCCUCGUGAAGGAUCACCUCACCUUCACGGGCUUCACGCUGACGUACUGGUGCGAGUUCAUCGCUGCCUUUCUCUUCUUCCUUAACGGGAUCAGUGGACUUCACAUCAACAGCCUCACGCACCCCAGGAGCAGGGUAGGCAAAAUCUAGGUGCGAAGGGUGUACCUCCACCUUUGUGUAAUCAGCUUCGCCAAUUAGACUGGAAAAAAGGGAGUCUAACAAAGUUUGAAAAGGACGCCAUGUCUUAAAUUGUGUGCCAGGAGGGGAAGGAUGAGUCAGUCUUGAUUCCUGUAGAAGACGUACCCACCCACUGGUCAGCGUGGAGGGCUGUGCAACACGAGCAAAGCAGAGACUGGGACUGGUUGCGGCCGCAAUGCGGUUUUCUGGAGGAGUGGAUUAAACAAGAGGCUGUGCUGUUAAAUGCUCAGAGGGGUGGCAGACUGCAAUCUACACACGUGGGCUGUUUUGAGGCUUGCACAAAACCUGUACUGCUACAGGUUUGGUGAUGCUACGCUUUCCCCCAUACUCUGGAGCCUGUGAAGAGUGUGGCACAACUUCGGCGUGUCUCAUGGCUUUGCUCUGACUCGGGGACAAAUGAUUUGUUCCUGGCCAUGCUCACUGGUGUGGAGUAUUGAAAAUCUUCACUGGAUCUCACUCCUCCAUUUCUCUUUCAAAAGAGAAGGCACACAGAUCUUGAUCUGGUCACCCAUUUUGUUUCCUGCUGGCAUGUUCCUUGUAUCUGUCCUGUGUGAGUUUUUCUGGGACGCUUCUGACAGAGGUGCAGGGAGAUAGAUGUGGCUUUCUUGGGGCCGAGGGCAGGCGCUGGGUGAUACAGGUGUACAGGGAAGGGUUGUGAUGGCUUCCUCUGGCAGCAGCGCGUGUUCCUGUCCUCGUGGCCUCUCCCCACUGUCACCACUCCUUUGCCACCCCUGUAGGACACGUGCCAAUCGGUCACCCAAACUGGCUCCCUCUCAGCCCUUGCAGAGUUCACUGUAAUGGGGUAGUGCUCUUCCCAGUUUCUUUUUAGUCCCUUUGGGGCAAGAGGGACAAGCUCUGCAGGGGCUUUAGGUGGGCGUUGUGGUUGGGCAGACCAUUCUGAGACCACCACACCUUCUGGGAUGUGUUUUGGUUGUCAGGGUUUCCUGCUGGGGCAAUGGGAAAUCGUCUCAUCCUGUAGCAUUUCUUCUGGGAGGAGAAAGCUCUAGAUCCUCCUGACCAGACCAAGUCCUUUUCUUCCCCUGAUCAACAGUGGGCCUGGGAGGAGAAGCAGCCCGUGAUUGCCUAAGGACGGGCUGAUGGGGGCAGCUCUAAUCUGUCACAGCUGGUGGAAAUACAAAGACUUGGCCAAAAUCUGUCCAACAUACAGCACUGGGUUGCCCACAGAUAAAAACGUCAGGGUUUCUGGUUUAAUGUUUGUUUUGUAUCUGCUGGUAAAGCUGCCUGUAUUCUUGUUUUAGGACAAAUGUUUCUACAUGUUUCAUCUCUAACUUGUCUGAUAACUGUUGAGCAAGGUUUUCAUUUCCUGUGCAGCAAGUUUGACACAAUUUUCCACCUGAAACAAAAGCAUCAUAGCACAAAGGCUGAGAAGGUUGUGUAGGCGAGCCAUGAGUAAACAGCUUUGACUUUGAAAACUAAGAAUCUUAAGUCCUGCCUGAGUAUACAUCCACACUUGCUGAACAUACUCCUGCGGACUCGCUUGCUUUCAUGAGGACAGUCUCCAUUCCUUCUUGGAUGUCCAUAAGUUUUUAAGACAACACUCCUAAGCCUGUUUUGCAAUGCAGUUUCAGACCAGGCUGCUCCAGUGCCAGUUGUGCUUUUUGCAUGUGAAUCUGCCAGUCUUUCUGGUGAGAUAAUGCACAGAGCUGUGCUACCCAGCCAGCUCCUGAAGCUCUUGUGAUGUUUGGGGCUCUGUCAGGGUUUGUUGACCUGCUCUCAAGGACAAAGACUUAUGCCCUUAACCUGCCUCUGGAAAACUGCACUGUGAUUGUGUGUCUCUUUGUGAAGGUGCUUUUGAUUUGCUGAAUUGCACUGUUGCAGGCAUGAUAGUGGGCUGAACAUGCAGAUGCUUGUGUGAACAGUGCUGUUGACUUUAGCAGAGCCACUUACCCCAGAGAGAGUCUGCAAGGUCCAGUCGUGAACUGUUGCAUUUUGGUGUUACAAGGUGGUAAGAGUGCCUUAACUAAUGAAUAAAUCAGUUGUGGUGCCUAGGGGUGCCCAUGCCAGGCGGGACAGUUCUCCUACACGAGGUUAAGGGUGUCCAUGGCUUGUCUAGAAGCAUGGGUGUAAUUUCAGAGUGCCUUCUUGGUGACAUCCAAAACUGGAAAUCAAUUCUGCACGUACUCCCUUUCAUGCUAGAGGGAAGCCGUGCCCCCAGCCCCUUCCCUGGGGGAAGGCAGCCGAAGCCAGACUGAGUCUCAGGCUGGUGCCUCCCACUCGGGUUAGAGGAAGCCAGUGGACAAUUGGCCAUUGAGUUCACCCAAGACUUGGUGGAAUUGUGAAUGAUUCUUAGGAUGCCUUCUGCUAGCUGAAGAAGAGGCCUUUUGUUGGGGGUAGGGAAUCCUCUAGGGAAAAUACAGUAACUUUUUUUUUUUCCAACUGGCUUUGUAUAGUACUGUUUGACUUACGCUGGGAGGAGAUGUGUUUUGAUGGCUAAAUAUUUCAAAACAGCGUUGAUUGUCUUGGCGACAUCCUUAUAAAUGGCAACCUGUGCAGCAACAGGUAACUGUUCAUCUUCUGAAGCCUGUGGAAGUGUCAAGCAACAUUCCUGAAGUUUGUUAAAUAAAUUUUUCUGAAAUAA